CACGUUUCGGCUGGACGCCAGCACGUGCCACCAGAACCUGCGCGUGGAGGAGCUCAGCGUGGAGUGGGACGCCACGGGCGGGAAGCUGCAGGACGUCAAAGCACGUGAGAAGGACGGCAAAGGGAGGACGGCGUCACCCGCCAACUCACCCGCCAGGGCGGUGCAGUCACCCAAGAGGAUGUCCUCGGGACGAGGGGGCCGAGAUCGCUUCACUGCUGAAUCCUACACGGUCCUGGGCGACACCCUGAUCGAUGGUGACGACCACUACUGGGAGGUGCAGUUUGACAGGGACAGCAAAGCCUUUGGUGUCGGGGUGGCCUAUCGCAGCCUGGGCAAGUUCGACCAGCUCGGCAAGACCUCGGCGUCCUGGUGCCUCCACCUCAACAACUGGCUGCAGGUCAGCUUCAGCGCCAAGCACGCCAACAAGGCCAAGGUGCUGGACGUGCCCGUGCCCGACUGCAUCGGCGUCCACUGCAACUUCCCUGAAG